AUGAACCCUGACUUUUUCAGUAUUCGAACCGGGAUAUCCUAUGUGCUCGAGUGCGAUGGGAUGGCCAUCAUGGACAAUCUGGAUCAUUCCACAGCCAAGAAACUCUGCAUGGAUUUCAUAUCUAUCUACCCCUUCAAUGUGCACCAGCUCAAGUACUUUCACACCGGCUUCUUCAUGAACAUGAUGCUUUCCUUCUGCAAACCACUGCUGCCAAGAGGACUCACCAACAAGAUCCAAAUCGGGUGUGUAUACCCGGGGGGUCGGUUAGACAGUUUUUACUUGCUCCCUGAUUUGGAAACUGCAACGGAACGAACCAUCACACGAAUGCAAGAGUCAAUGCGAAGGAGAUAUGCCAUGGAAGCAAGGUUUACCGGUAAGCUCUAG